AUGGGAAAUGAUGAUGUUAUAGCAAAAGUCACUUCAUUCCUCAACACCUUUAGAGUGAGAAGUCAAAGUGAAAUUGUUAAUAAGUCGGUUCUGAAUGCAUUGGCUACGAAUCACAUCAAAAAUCCAACUGAAUUCAAUAUCGACGAGACUAAGAAUUCCAUUCGUAAAUGGUUUCGAAAUAAUAUUCAAUAUAAAGAACCAUUUGUUUGGAUUAAGUCAGGAGAAUCCGAAAAAUUCAAUUUAACUGAUUUUUGCAGAUUCAUAAGAAAUGAUAAAGAAGUUGUUGGUUUACUAGAUUGUAAAUAUUCUCAUUUUGGAAUCACUUUAUCAAAAAAGCAAAAUCAUUAUAUAAUAAUCUUAAUUUUAGCAAAUAUGAAUCCAAAGGAGUUUAUCAAAACUACAAUUAUUCAAACAUAUAUUAAUUCAAUUGAUAAAUUAAGAAAAUUAUCUAAUUGUCCAAAGAUUGAAUGGUCAAAAUCAUUACAAGAUCUUUCCUUGAAACAAUUAAAAAUGAAUGUUAAAAAUAAUAAUCUCUCGGCACAAAACGUAGUUGAAAUGUCCAUCGGAAAGAAUGUUGAGAAGUUCAAAACAGGAUUCAUACAUAAAGAAGGAGAUUUGCAAGCAGUAAAGAACUACUGUUCUGUAUGGGAUAAUGAAGAUCAGUUCAGAAAUGAUGCUCUUGGAGAUUAUGAUAGCUUUGGAAUCUCAUGGGUAACAAAUGAUAGAGACUUCCAUAUCUUCUAUAUUUUCUCAAAAAGAAUGGAUAAAACUAAACAAAUUAAACCAAAAAUUGAAGAAAAUGUACCAAGAAUCGAUGAAAAAGAACCAGAAGUUAAUGAAGAAAAUGUACCAACAAUUGUCCAGAAACCAAUGGAAACUAUUGCAAAUGAUGAUAAUGCAAUAGGAAUUAGAGAACCUCCUAAGCCAAUAAAGAUUUCAAGAUCAAGAAAAUCAAUUGACACAACAGCAUUCAGAUCUGCAGAAAAUGAUAUAAGAGAAAUGAAUAAACCAGCAAUCUUAGCUCAUCCUCAUGAAAAUCAUACUGAUGUUCCUAAAGUAGAAACAAAGAAAUUAGCAGCAAAUGCUCCAAAAACUCCAUUAAAUUCAAGCAGAAGAAUAACUCAAAAUCAUUCACGUCCAACAUUACUUACUUCGUCAGGAUUGAGAUCAAGUCGAUCUGUUUCUCAUGUUUCAAAGAUAAGUGGUUCAAGACAUUAG